GAUCCUGGGAAGGCAUUGAUCUUCUAGCUGCAAGGCACCGGUGCACUGUGCAGCCCUACUCUAAGCAUAAGGAAACAUAUUUCUGUGGUUCAGACUGCAGCAAACAUCACAUCAUAUGUAUUUUUUUCUGACAGAAAAAGCAAAAAUGAACAUUCCUGCUAAAACCUUGAUCUAGUGCUAUAUUGCAGUCUCUGUCAGAAUAAUUGCAAUGUGUUUGUGUUUGUAUCUCGUUCAGCUGUAAUGUUUACUGUUCAACUUAUAAAUGUUACUAAACUUAUAAAGUAGAAAUCUGAAAGUGAAUCUCUCAGAUGUAAACACCAGCGUCAUAUUUGAUUUUCGCUGCUUCUGUUUUCAAAUAUGAGUAUAUUUAUAAUGAAGUUAAGAGAGAGAACCCUAAAUGAGAUUAGGUGAAGUGGUGUUUAAUGUGGAUCAUGAAGCACAAGUUCAGGCUAAUUUAUGGUUUGUACAUGACAGUGAAUGAGCAUGCAGCUCUAUUCGUGCUACAAUAGGUGCAAAUAGGCAUGUCUGUAUAAUCAAGUGGGCUGUACAGUGGUUUGGUGGUUAAUACUUUCACCUUGCAGCUAGAAGAUCCCGGGUUUGUGUCCCUGCCGUCCAAGGAUCUUUCUGCAUGGAGUUUGCAUGUUCUCUCUGUGCAUACUUGGGUUUUCUCCAGACCUCCUGCAACAACGUGCCUGUAAGGAACAGGGGGUUUUUGAUAACCAGCAGCUCAGUAACCAGAACAGAAACUUAACAGAACCUCGACAGAUUAAAGAAAAAACAGAGGAACCAGAACCUCUGCAGAUAAAACAGGAACCGGAGGAACUCUGCACUAGACUGCACAAGAAUGAACCUAAACCUCCACGGAUUAAAGAGGAACAGCAGGAACUCUGGACAAGUCUGGACAACGAGGAAACACACCUUUUUCGGAUUAAAGAGGACCAGCAGGAACAAGAGCCGCCACAGACUAAAGAGGAUCAGGAGGAACUCUGGAUGAGUCUGGACAAUAAGGGGCGAGAUCUUUUACAGAUUAAAGAGGAACAGCAGGAAUUAGAGCUACCACAGAUUAAGGAGGAACAGGAGGAACUCGGGAUGAGUCUGGACAAUGAGGAACCAGAUCUUAUACAGAUAAAGGAAGAACGGGAGGAACUCUGGAUGAGUCUAGAUGAUGAGGAAGCGGAACCAGACUUUAUACAGAUUAAAGAAGAACAGGAGGAACUCUGGACGAGUCUAGAUGAUGAGGAACCAGACCUUAUACAGAUUAAAGAAGAACAGGAGGAACUCUGGAUGAGUCUGGAUGAUGAGGAACCAGACCUUAUAGAGGUUAUAGAGGAACAGGAGGAAUACUGCACCAGUCCCAUUGUGCCCAUGUCAGAGAGUCAGUGUGAUACUGACACAUUCAAAAACUCUGUAAAUUUUGAAAUGGAUGGAAAAUCCUUAAAUAUUAAGCCCCAAAUUGAGGAUCACAGCAAAAGUCACACAGGUGGGAAGCCAUUUUUUAGCAAUGUGUGUGGGAAAACUUUUCCUUCUAGCGAUCCCUUGAAAGUCCACAUGAGAACUCACACAGGUGGUAAGCCGUAUUGUUGCGAAAUCUGUGGGAAAACGUUCGCAAGAAAUGAUCGAUUGUCUCGCCACAUGAGGGCCCACACAGGUGAGAAGCCAUACCUUUGUAACACUUGUGGGAAAAGGCUUGCCGACAUGUCAACAUACAAAAAGCACAUAGCACUCCACACAGGUGAAAAGCCUCACCUGUGUAACAUCUGUGGCAAUAGAUUUAUUGAUGAGUCCAAUUUAAAAAGACACAUUAGAACUCAUACACGUGGGAAGCCAUUUUUUUGCAACGAGUGUGGGAAAAGUUUUUCUUUUAACGCUCCCUUCAAAGCCCACAUGAGAACUCACACAGGUGAAAAGCCGUAUAGUUGUGAAACCUGUGGGAGAAAUUUUGCAAGAAGUGAUAAAUUGUUGCGCCACAUGAGAAGUCACACAGGUGAGAAGCCGUACCUUUGUACCACCUGUGGGAAAAGGCUUGCUGACUCGUCAACAUAUAAAAAGCACAUGGCAAUCCACAUGAGAACUCACACAGGUGAGAAGCUGCAUUCUUGUGAAACUUGUGGUAAAACUUUUAGACAUAUUAACAAGCUGUUGUGCCACAUGAGCACUCACACAGGUGAGAAGCCUUACCUCUGUAACACCUGUGGGAAUAGCUUUUUCGACAAAUCAAAUUUUCGAAGGCACAUUAGAACCCACACAGGGGAGAAACCUUAUCCUUGCAAAGUAUGUGGCAGAGACUUUGCCCUUAGCACCACCUUAAAAAUCCACAUGAGGAUUCAUACAGGUGAGAGGCCGUUUGUUUGCAUCUUCUGUGGGAAUGGAUUUAUGAACAACUCUAGUCUGAAAUACCACAUGAUGACUCACAGGGACAAGACUUCAGAGUCCUGAAACAUCUGUGGGUAAAGAAUGAUCAGGGAGGCCAGACUUGAAGAAACAUGUAAGAAUUGUGCAAUUUAACAGUCGAGCUUUCAGAGCUUUUAUUGCCCGAUGACUCCAACAGAAGCACAUUGCAUUUGUACUUUCAGUGUUAUGGAUUAUUUUUUUCAAACAAAUGUUUGGAAACUAAUGAUGAAAUUCUUGUGUGAACAGUUGGAAACUUUUCCAAAAGCUAUAAAGUUGCAAUGGAAUAGUAAGUGACACAAACUGUGACCUAGUUAGUAUUUCUUUCCUUUCGCGCCCCACACUUUGAGAAACACUGCAUUAUAGUGUUUGUGGCUGAGUCUAGAUUAGAUUAGAUUGGAUUUUUUUAUUCAUCACAUACACAUACAGUAUGGCAGUGAAAUGCAGUGACUGUCCAUCAGGCUUCAUAAAUACAAAAUAUUAAAAUAGGUAAAAAUACAAAAAAAAAAUACAAAAGAAAAAUAUAAAUAAUGCAAAAAGUACAAAUAGGUAAAACUGUAAUAUACAAGAGAUACAAACAGGUAAAAAUGACAUAUUUAUGGAAUGUACAGAGUGCAGUCUAAUGAGCGGAUCAAAUGGGCCCGGUUUAAAUCGACUCAGAGGAGUCACCAGCUGUAGUCGAUGGUAUUCGCUCACAGGAAGAGGUCAUUGCCACUACAGACCUGUGAUUGACACACCUUUUACAUCACCAAAACUGAUAAUUUAAGUUUCUCUAUGUAUAUUUUUGACCCAGCAGAUUUUGUCAAAUUUCCAGAAGACCUGUAAUAAAUCUCUGGAAGAACCAAAAUGCAUGCUUGGUUUUGUUUUGUUUUGUUGUUUGGACAAAGACACAUUUCAAUGAUUCCAUCAUAGAAAGUUAAGAGGUGUAAGUGUUGUGGCAUUUUAAUACUGAACAAAUGUUAAAAUGAGUCCAAUAGGAUGUUUAAAUUAGAUUUUAGUAUAAACAAUAAUAAGACUGCAAAACUUAACGUGUCAACAUAAUUUAUGUGUACAUGGAAUAAUCAUGUGAAAACUUCAACCCUACAAAAGCCCAUAUAAAGCAGAGCCAGGAAUUGCAAGUGCUCUGUCUUUUUCUGCACUUGAGUUGAAACCAAGGUCGUAUCGACCUAAUAGAAAUAAUGUUAACCUAGCAGAAAUAAUGUUAACCUAGCAGAAAUAAUGCUAACCUAGCAGAAAUAAUGCUAAACUAGCAGAAAUACAAAAGAGGAGGUGGUCAAACUUUUGAUACGAUCACAUCAUCCACUCUCCAGACAUGAAUAAAUUCAAACAUAAUGAUGGUAGAAAUACCCUGAUUGGGUUUUAAGACGAUGGGUUUUGGUUUUCCAGGACAGAAGAGGAGUGUUUAGAAGUUUGCGUAAGUAUAUAAGACAAUGUACAGCUUUGUGUAGUCAGUUAAAAUCUCGAGAUGUUGCUUAUGUUUGUUCUUACAGCCUGUAUUGAAUAAACAUUAUUCGCAUGAGACUCUGAA